AUGCAGAGAGAGAGAGUGACAGCAGGAGGGAGGGAACCUCAGGAAGGGGGUUCGGGCUGGGCAGGCAGUGGGAGCUGGGGAUUUCAGCGGGCAGCUGACUCAUGGGUCUCUCUCUGUGCAGGAGAACAACAUUCGGAGGAGUUUCGGAAAGUGAAUCCUCUGGGAAAGGUGCCGGUGAUAAAGGAUGGAGAGUUCACCCUGUGCGAGAGUCUGGCGAUUCUCAAAUACCUGGCAUGUAAAUACAAGACCCCUGACCACUGGUACCCAGCGGAGCUCCAGAGGCAUGCCCGAGUGGAUGAGUAUCUGGCCUGGCAGCACACAGCUCUGAGACCAUUAGCUGGGAAAAUCUUCAUGAUGAAGGGUUUAUUCCCAGCCAUGAUGGGGGCACCAUGUCCUGAAGACAAGAUGACAGAGGCCCAGGAUGAACUGGCCCAAGCCCUGAAGAGUUUCCAAGAGAAGUUCCUUCAGGAGAGGCCGUACAUUGCUGGCUCGGAGAUCUCCCUGGCUGACCUGGUGGCCAUUGUUGAUCUCACGCAGCCCCUCGGUGUUGGCUAUGACCCAUUGGAAGGUUUGUCCGCGCUCACCGCUUGGCGUGAUCGGGUGAAGACGGCAGUCGACAGAGAUUUAUUCGACAAGACCCACGAAGGAGUCCUCACAGCUCAAGUAUCCUCCCUGGAUACGCUCAAGUCUCUGUCCCAGAGCCAGCCUGAAACCCUGGCAGCUUUAAAAACCAACUUCAUGAAGUACUCAAGUAAAAUGGCAAAGAGUUCAUGA